UUCCCUGUCGAUACUCCGUUCCCGUUACUAUUUGUUAUCCCCACACACGCACCCGCACGGCGACGAAGCAGUCAGAACGCAUCAGCAGCGGUAGAAGAAGAUUGGAUUGGAUAGCGUGGGCGAGGGCGAGCCCUCACCGUCGUCACCGCCGAUAGGUCCGAUGAGGAACCCGCCCGGCCGGUACCUCCUGCGCGUCGCCACCCGCGCCGUGCGCUCCUCGUCCGGGCUCGGCGGCUCCGGCGCCGGGGCCUCCACCUCCGCCACGUCCCCCGUCGCCGCCUCGUCCGGGGGCCGCCCGCGCAGCCGCGGCGGCGGCAUGCUCCUCCGGGCCACGUCCCCGCCCCCGCCCUCCGCCGUCGCGGCCGCCGCGUGCUGGGAGUCCCGCACGCUGCGCCGCGACGGGGAGGACGACUGGGAGGAGGUCGUCGCCGCGGGCGACGCGGCGGCUCCGGGCGCCGGCGACGCGGAGGUGGACAGCGACUACAGGGUUGUCUUCUGGUCCCCACCCACCGGGGAUGAAGUCCGCGCCGCCUUCUCUAGCAUCCAAGAGGUGUUUGAGGGUUCUUAUUAUGAUGUGAAUUCAGAUGAAACUGAGAAACAACUAGCAUUGCUGUCCAACUCGGAGCAUUCUUCAUCAACCAAUUCAUCAGGAUCAGACGAUUGGGUCGAACCUGCUGCAUAUGUUCUCAACUCUACUGCUCUUCUGACCAGGGAGCAUAGGAAUGUUUUGGAUGCCUUCCGUCUAUUGCAAAGAGACCCUAAUGUUCAGAAAAUGGUUAUGUCCUUGUCAUGUGAUAGGACUGUCUGGGAUGCUGUAAUGAAUAACGAGGCAGUGCAAGAAUUCAGGAGAUCUUUUCAGGAUGGCAAAGAAGUUAAUAGAAAGGGAAACUCUUGUGGCCCUGCUGCAGUGCUUAAGUGGAUCCUAGCCAACACCCAGGCAAAAAUAACGGAAUUCUUCGAUAAUAUAGUGAAGAUUGUCAGCAUGCUCUUCCACCCUCAAAGCGAUGAAGAUAAGCCUGAUCUGUACAGCGAUGCAGUGAAGGUGUCCUUCAUGCUCUCGGUGUUCGUCUUCAUCGUGGUGGCCGUUGCUCGUACCAAGUGAGCACAACAACCCGUCGACUUUAAAUUUCAGUGUUUUCAUGCCCUCUUAGUUAUGGUGCAGGGGCACAUCAUCUAGUGAGCGUAGUUUAGUCAAGAUUGAUCACGGACUUGGUUUGAAAGGCCCCCGAAUUUACAUUGCCCGUGUGGUAACCAUGGUUGAUCGUAGUUAAAUGUUUAAGCUUGCAUGCAGUGUGCUUAUCUUAUUUUAUUUCCUGGUGCUUUUGGAUACAGUUAUGAGCCGUGGGAUUUCGAAGUGUGGUGAUUGCAAGAUUUCUACGAACACGUUAUGUAGGACAUCACAGGCACACGAAACUUGUACAUUGAUUAUUACUGGGCUGUAAUCAUUUGCCCAUGAAACUGUUGUAAAGGUAUUGUUUGUUUUGAGUCUGUUUUUCGUUUCUGUAACUGAAAGUCAAUGGGGAUUCUUCAUCGUGUAAUGCUUUC